AUGCCCCACAUCGCCGGCGUGGUCGCCGGCACUUCGGACGGCCCUGCGGCCCGCAGCGGCCUGGAUCCCUGUCGGCGGCGCGCCUGGGCGCUGCGCCCCGAUUUCCUGCCGGUCGCGCUGCUGCGGCGGCAGAUGCUGCACAGGCCGGCGAUCGCUCGUCGCCGGGGGGGGCCGGGAUUGGCGGGCCGCCGUGGGCUGGCGGUGUGCGCGGCGCACGUCAGCGCACAGAACCCAGGGAGGGAUUCACAGGGAGAGACGAAAGAGGGGGAUGACCGCCGGGAGCUGCUGCUGAGGUACGUGAGGGAGGUGGAGCCGCAGGUGAUGGAGGAGUUCAUGCUGGCGGCGCCCACGCAGGUUAUUGAGGCCAUGCAGCACACACUGACCAACAUGCUGGGGUCACUGCCUCCCCAGUUUUUUGACGUCAGAAUAUCAACGAUGGGAGAAAAUAUUUCACAACUUAUGUACACAGUCAUCUUGACUGGCUACAUGUUCCGGAAUGCACAAUACCGCCUGGAGCUGCAUCGCAGCUUGGGGCUGCUGCCAUCAGGCGAUGAGGACUUUGAUAUGGCAUCCGAGGGGCCUUAUGCUUCCACAGCCCAGAAGACCAAAGUGCAGGGCGACGUGGUGCGUUGGAACAAGGAAACUGGUCCUGAGACUAUGUCUGCAGUGCAAUACAUGGAGCAACUUGAGGAGGAGAUCAAGAUGCUGCGGGGACAGGUGGAACAGCAGCGGACAGAAAUUGGUGCAAACGAUCUCCUGGAGUAUAUCAAAGGCUUAGAUGGCCCAGCACUGAAGUCCCUUGGCGUUGAGGGUGCUGGCGAGGAGGUCCUCUUGGCUAUGAACAUAUUUAUCCAGAGGCUGAUGGGUACCAGCGACAACACAGAACUGCGGACGACCUCCUGUGACAGCACAGCUAUUGAGCUCGCCAGGUUGCUGUAUUGGCUUAUGGUCGUUGGAUACAAUCUGCGGACAUUGGAGGUUCGCAGUGAGAUGGACUGGACGUACAAUGCACCAACGUUGGGGCCUCCGGAUGACGUUUGA